GGCAGUAAAGAAAGCAACGAAUUUGCAAAGAAAGUACUUAUUUAAUUUUGAAAUAGUAACUAUAGAAAAACUAAUAUUGUGCAUUUGUAAAAACUGAAUUGUAAUCCAAAUAUAUGUCUUAAAAAUUUAAUCUAUAUGAGUUACUAAAGAAAUAAAAAAGUAAAGUGGUUUGGUGUGAGAAGUUUAUCGACGGCGGCUUGCCUAGCGGAGCCCCAUUCUUGGUUAAAUUCACCGCAUUUGUUACACGUUGAAAACCCUUUAAAUAAUAUGAUUAAUUCCACUGCAGCAAAGACGGCGAUCGGAACAACUACAACAACUGCUGCUCAGUUGCUUAGCUCUGCACCAAGCGCUGCUGAGAAAAAUAAACAAUGGCAACGCGAACUACUUAUGGAACGCAUACGUACGCGCUCCAAUCAACACAAAUCAUUUCCUGAACUUGCGAAGGCUAUGCGUAUGUCCAUGUUGGAGAAACGUUAUGCGCUCGAUGCAGUUGAGAAAGCUAAUUUGCAAAAAUGCCUUGACAGCAUGCAACAUUGCAUUAAAGUAACAUCACGCCAAGGGCUGGUUGAAAGACUUGAGAGUCUAUCGCGUCAGUUGGGCCUCAAGUUCAUGGAAGAUACAUCGGGUUUGUUUAUUUCAACCGAUAUGUUCUUUUUGGAAAUAAUUUUGGAUGCAAACGGCGCACUUACCGAUGUCAAAGUGCAUCAUGAAUGCAAAAUUGAACAGCAGUCAUGCAGUGAAUUGGUAAAUUGUUUGAAUCGGGGCGACUUUGCCGAUUUCACUGUACAGUUGGAGGGUUUAUCCUCCAUCUAUCAAUUAAAUGCAGAACCCAAAGUCAAAACCAAGGCUUUUGUUGCUUUACAAGCAAUGGAAACCGAUUUAUAUAAUCUCUUUCAAAUGCAAAAUUUCACAAAAGACUCGCAGCAAUUGGUCAAAGCAUCUUCAGUAGGUUUAGUGCUUAAACGACGUGGUGGUCAUCCAAUGAAGCUCAUCUAUUUCGUAUCACCUUAUGAUCUUCUAUCACUGGAUACCAAAUCGAUGCAACCGCUCACUACCGAUUUGAUUACAAGCAAAGAUGUUGGUUUCAGUGUGACAGUGAACUUGGAGGCUUCAUCAGCGAAUAAAUUGCAAAUAUUACCGAUUGUUAGCGUAACUAAUGAUCCACAGACCGGCAUUGAUAUACCAAUGUAUGCUCCGUUGAAUCAGCAAAACUCCAUGCUCUUGCCCGCCACAUUUGUGCUACGUCUAAACAAACCGCUACCUGUGUGUCAUGCCACCUUGAGAGCUUUGGGCUUGCCACUCGGAGUUGCAUCUGACAGCGCAACUGGUUUGGAGUCUCCAGACAAAAAAGACGUUGUCAUAUCGUCGAUUAUGAAUUUGGUGGUGCAAACCGCUUCCGAGCAACAGUUGAAGAAUUCACAGAAAGGUCUCUUUGUGAAUUUGCCGGAUCAGACGCAUUGCUACUUCUUCACGGAGAAUAAACAGUUGCAGGCUACCCUUGUUUCCUCCAUACCUUUUACGGAGCCUAUGCAAGUACCGAAAAUUUUAGAUUUUCUAAAACGUCAGGCGCUUUUCUACACACUUUUGGCUAGUUGUGUGCGUACACAGUCCAAAAUGGGUAAUGAUAUGGAAUCCACCACCAUACUCGAAGUCAAUGCCAUUUCCUUUCAACAAAUCAGUGUUUCACUGCAACAUACCUUCGAGGAAACAAUGGCAACUCUUGAGUUCGAUUUACGUGACGGCAAUGUAAAGUGUGCACUCUACUCGCUAACACACAACUACGAUCUGCUGUCGUUGAAGCUUACAAAAGUUGUGGAGAAAUGUUUAUCCAUACCGGUGACCAUACGUGCGUUACUCAAGUUUUGGGAUCAAGAAACGAUGAGUAUGUUUCAGCGCAGUAUCGGUGGUGGUGUUGGCGGCGGCAUGGGUGGUUUAGGUGGCACGGGUCCUUGCGGCAGCACUGGCAAUGCUGGUUAUGGAAAUUUUAGCAUGGUCAUGGGACCUAAUGAUUCGGGUGGUGGUGUUGGCGGUAGUGCCGGCAUGCGUGGCAGUGGCGUUAAAAUGGAACCAAAUACACGGCAACAACAACAAAUGUCCAAUAUGGCUUCUGCAACGACGACAAUGGGUGGUGGUGUUGGUGGCGUUGGUAUGAAUGCAGCUUGCAAUAGCGCUGCCGGUAUUGCAGGGUUUCUGCAAUAUAAAAACGAAGUGAAGCAGGAGGAUUUUCAUGAUAGCCCAAAGAGUCAAAUGCAAAAUAAUUUAGCUUUCCAUGCUGCUGCUGAAAGCAGCUCUUUGGGCAGCGCACAUCAGCUACAGCAAACGCAGCAGCAACAGCAACAGCAACAACUACAACAAACCGCAUCACCACAUGAUCAAAAUACCGUUGGCAAUCAAACGGAAAUCGAAAUAGCUGAUAAGUACAAGAACAUUUGGAUGGAUAAAACAAAUCUGAAGAAUUGCGUCAGCAUAACACCAAUUUCACCGGAUAGUAAUAGUAGAGGCGCCACACAACAACAAGGCGUAGAUGUGAAACGCUCCGUCGGCAUAGAAAUUAUACCAUUGACUGCAGCAAAUGGCGCCAAUGCAAGCGGCGCUUCAAUCACAUUGCCCGGCGGCACGAAUGUUCCGCAAACCGGCGUCAACACCUCAUCCACCAUCACUAUAACGCCCAUUAACGCUGUGACCAAUACGAGUAUUAAUACCAAUAAAGAUAAAAAACCGAGCGGCGGCACAGCUGUGGGCAGUGCCGGUUUAAAUACCGGCCCGAAUAUGUCUACGGUGAGCGGCAAGCGUCCAUUGGACGUAACCUCAACCAAUGAUACGCAAAAGGAGAAGAAACGUAAAAAGAAGCGCGAUGAUUCACCCAUGGGUCCACCGGAAAAAGUGUAUUCGCGUCAAAAUUCACCUGCUGCCACGAACGAGACCGCUGCCACAGUGGCGGCGCGCAAAUUCUCAUCACCUUCCUCCUCACCAAAAGGUGGCAGCGGUAGCAGCAUGCUAAGCGGCGCUAACACUGGCGUUGCCGGCAAUGCUGCGCUGCUUUCGACACGUCCCAGCCCGAAACAUUCGCCCGUCUAUAGCAGUCCGAAGCAUUCGAAUACCGCCUCCAACAGUCCGAAGUCACCGUUCGGCACGCAUUCGCCAAAGCAUGGGUCUUCGGGUAAGCCGAGUAUGUCGACACUGAAGAGUGCCACAGCGACCAGUCUAAGUCCGAAAGGCGAUAAAGGCGGUUGUGGUGCCGCAAGCAGUUUAGUUGGCAAUGCGGCGGCCGGUGUUGCGGCUGCUAAUGCAGUGAAAGCAGCUAUGGGUGUAGGUGUGGUUGGUGGCAUGCAACAAAUAAAGUCUAUCAAUCAUUUAGCGGCACCAACAGCAUUGAAUACCUCCGCUGGUGGCUAUAGUGGCGUGAACAAUAUGAGUGGCGGUGGCGCUGGUGGUGUUAGUGGCGGUGUUGGCCAGCUAUUGAGUGGUAACGGUGCGCCGGGUGGCAUGGAUAUGAAUGCGGCGGCUGUUGCAGCAUCACAAGUGGCAGCUAUGCGCAAAGUGGUGAGUGGCGCGGUUAGUUCGACGGCGUCAACGAUGUCAGUCGCGUCAACAACAGCAACAGCAACGCCAGCGCUGCCGGGAGCGCCAGUGUCGGCGCCGCUCCAACACUCACCGCCGGACAUUGGCAGCAGUGAGUCGAAGAGCGGUGGACGUGCCGAGCCAACACAGCAAUUCAACUCAACCGAAUAUAUGGUGAAACCGAGCCAGGAGGGCUUGAAGCUGACCAUCAACAAGACGUGCGGAGCUGGCAAAUCCAGUAUUAGUAACAACAACGCCAACAGUAACAGCAACAGCAGUGCUAACACGGCUACUGCAACCAACACCAUCACAACAGCUGGGAAGGGUUUAAAAACGGGUAGCGGUUCAACUAAAAAACAACAUACGGGGCUCAAACCAGGCGUUAGCAGUGGACCGGCCUCUAAGAAGUUAGCGUCAGCCAAGUCACCGUCCAAGAAGGGUUCCAUAUCUAAACAUCCCUUUCAAAAGUCAAACUCAUCGGGAAGCUUGUCAACAAAAUCAACCAAUCCCACUGGUGGCCUGACCAAAAGCUACAGCACAAAUUCAUUUGGCGACCUGGCCGCUAGUGGCGCCACAGCACGUAAGUCCACCAAGAAAUCCGCUUCGUCGUCGUCAACGUCGACCGCAAACGCGAACGCUAAUGCAACCGCAACUUCUGCACCUGCCACACGCUUGGACCACCAAGCGGACAUGCUGAAAAUACUACAAUAUGCUUCACCGGCAAUGGCGGCCAACAUGGAGGGUUUCAUGAAGGGCUUCAAUAGUAAAUUUCAAAUACCGAAAUUAUCGCAACGCGCCGCCAACCUCACAAAUGGCUCACAAUCGGCACCGACAACGCCGACUGCACUCUCGCCAGCUUUGAGUAGUGUUAACAGCACGACGGGUGCAAAGGUUGAUAACCCUGCCAACGAAGCCCUACAAUCGCUGCACAAUACGCAACAACAACAACAGCAACAGCAACAAAAUGUUACAACAAUGCAUUUGAGCGCUAAUUAUCAUUUGGCACAAAAAACCGAAGGCUUACAAAUGCAUUACGCUAAUCAUCACCGUCAGCAGCAGCAGCAGCAGCAGCAACAACAACAACACUCGCAAAUGCAUAAUCAGCUUACGCAGCACCAGACAGCCUUAACAGUUGACUACCAUCAUCAAGCGUCGGCUGUCGCUCAAUCCAUGGACGAGUCGUCGUUUAUGCCCAACGCUGCUGCCGCGUCGUCGGCUGGAUACGGUGGUAAAUGACAUUACUUAGUUACAUUUAAAUUUUUUAUUUGUAAGCGCCAAGUAUUUGUGUAUUGUUUUAAAUUGUAAUAAUUAUUUUACCGAUCCACCUCGUUGCUGUAGUCCAAUGGGGUUAGGUUAAAGUCUUGGCGAUCACUUAAAGAUUAUUAGCAUAUUUGUUACUGGAAAUUCGGUCUGGUUUUGCAUGACAUGACGCUAGGUAUGUCUGAAAAUUGGAUUCUAUGUUAAAACUAUUCAAGUCAUAUGUUGUUCAAUUAUUCGAGAUACCGUCUGUUCUAGAAACGUUUGCGAUUAGCUCUUACUCUUAGCAUUCAAAGCGUUUAUUCGGACGAAACGACUUAGUUUUUCGACUUUCUAACCCUGAAUAGCAAAGUUUGACUUUAUUGCUGUUAUUGUGCCAGAAAUUAGCAUAUCAUUUACAAUCAGCAUCUAACACCAACAAUCUUGUUCCAAAAAUUUAACACUAUUAAGUUCAAAUCGCUUUGGCUCGAAGAUGGCUCAUAGGUAGAGGGCAUAUGACAAAUUGUUUCAUGUUUUGACGCUCGUUUCAAUCUUGCAGCUCGAUUUUGUUGGUCUGGGACUUACUCUGAAAUUAAUCCAUAUUGUAUGGAAAGAAAGUGAGAUUAUAAGUCGAUUUUGAUCUGUAAUUGUUAGAGAUUUGAGGAAUGCGUUGAAAAGAUCCUAGCCGAAUAUGAAUUCGGGUCCGCUCCGGUUAUGAAGAUGCGACUAUUCUUUGAGAACAGUUAAUAUAUUCUGAAUCUCCCCAUUCAUUUGAUUAAUCUACGGCUCACCUCUAUCAGUCCAGUUAUAGUUGGUCUCCUCGGUACUGGAUCCGUUUCUGCAUUGACAUGAACGUGAAGUUUCGACGCUAGAAAAAAAGAAAAAAAGCUUGCUGUUAACUAUCAUUGUGGCGCAUUGAUUUGUUAAAGAUCGAACAAUAGCUUUGUAAGUUAUAAGCAGGAUCUGAAAGCUUUUUAGCUCUUGUUGUUGUUAUAGCGGCAAACAAAUAUUUCUGAGUUCUCAGUCCUUAGUGGUAUAAAAAUCCGGUUCCGUUCCAGUUACGUAGACCCGACUGUCGGGGGAAUGGUUAAUUUCUUAGGUAAUGACAUUGAAAAAUUGGGUUUAGAGGCCAAUAUCCUUUAAGAGCCAAAUUAAGUACCCAUGUCUUUAUAAAACCGAUCACUUCUUCUUGAAAACUUUGCUAAAUAUUUUUCGGAAACGAGUUUCUAGUAACAAAAUGUAUGUUGGUACUUAAAUUUGAAAAUUGGUAAAAUCAACGAAUCUAUUUAAGUGAGGCAACACUCAGUUAUGUGCAUAAUAUAUUAAGAUACAUCAUUUAUCCAACAUUAACUAUAAAUAAUAAAAAUUGCACUGAGAAAAAUUCAUAUAUAUUUCAGUGCGAAUUUUGAAUGCCUAAAAGUAUGCAAUAUUUUUUCAAAAUUGUAUUUGUAUAUCAUUAUUAUUAUUACAUUGAAGUCAUGUAUAAUUAUUUAAUCUAUUUUCGUAUACCAUCAAGAAAACAACCACUCAAACAAGCAUUCUUGAAAAAUAUUUGUCAAGAAAAUUCUUAGGUUAAAAAUAUCAUUUCGCUUGUUGCUUGCUCUAUUGUAUUUACAAUGCUCACAUUUUAGUUUGGAAUUGAUAUUUUUAAUGACAUUUAAGAGAUAACUCUUCUGAGUUCUUACUUAACAUAUAUGAAGAUCUUUCUCAAAGAUUACACGUGUCAGGUAACAAAUAACCUCUGGCUUCGUUUAUGCCUUACUUUGGGCGAAUCUCAACGUUUAAUCCCUUUCCCUUUGAUUUUGAUUUCUACAAAAGGGAUACCAACGGAACGCUUUAUUCGAAUAUACAUAUUUGAAUGUUGCGCCUAGAAAUAAAAUAUGCACAGAAACAUCCAACAAUUGCAGGUGACCUUCAAAAAAUACUGAAUAAAAUGGCUAUAGAAGCCGUCUCGAGUAUUUCGUUGUGCUCUUUGAGGCUAAAAAUUACUGAUUGUUGACCUCUAUUUUCAGUAAGAUGCAUCCUUGUAUAAGUAAUGUUCAAUUCGAGUGAAAAUACCGAUUAAGAAAGCAUUCAUCCAAAUACAUCCUGUUGCAGGCAGUACUUGAGUAUCGAUUUCAGAAGCAUUCCUCGAACAAUCAGAGUUAAAAUCUGCAAUUAAAAAUUUCACUUUCUAAAGCGUUCCUCCUUUAAAUAGUCGGUUAUGAAAGGAAUUCUUUCAAGAAUGUAGCAGUAUAUGUCCUUCUAUUGUUCAAAGGUCUAUAAAUAAAAUUAGCCUUUGAAAAAGUAUAUACUUGCUUCUUUGUCUAUGUAAUAUCUGUCACUAAAGUGAUAUUUAAGAAAGUGUUCACCCAUUAAACCCAUUACACAGCUGUAUUAUUAUACAUAUGUUCUGGGUAUAUUAGCCUAUCUUAAAGACAAUCUGUUUUGGAGCAACACAUUAGUGCUUUUUCCUUAUCUAUGGAUAGUCUCUGACUAAGGCGACGUUUAACCCAAAAACCCAUAACACGGCAGUGGAUUAAGGAAGGGGCUGCGUAAAUUAGGGGGAAGCUUAUGUUGGUGUUUUUGCGUAUCUCGUAAGAAUUAAUUGUAAUCCUUUUAGAGAUUUAAAGUGCUAAAGACAGUCUGAAGAAGAAAAACAUUAGCCUUUACCUUGACUGACUUUAAUAAACCUUUUUAGAUAAAUUGGGUAUGACUGAAAGUGUUAGCGAUUAUUGUCCAAUGUGACUAGGUAUCGCAAGCUUGAUGAUAAUGAAAAAUAAAGCGAACAGGGCGAUAUGUAUUGACAAUUUUUAUUUUUAAUUUGAUAUUUUUAAAAGGGCUACGGCGGUCCAUUGAAAAUAUGGAUAGAAAUAUUUUUUAUAAAAAAAAAAUCGAUGACAAAAACCGAUUAAUUGCGUUCAAAGACGUUAUAGUUAUCGAGAGCGCUUUAAAGAGCUGCGUUUUCUAUUUUUGUACAGCCGUUUAUACUGAAAAAUACGAUUUUUGUAUAUACGAUAUGCAUUUUUUAUAUGGAAAUGUAUCUUGUACAAACAAAUCGAUAACAAAAAUCGACUAUUUGCGUUCAAUGGUGUUGAGAGUGUCUUAAACUUGCUCUUAAGCAGUCAGUUUCAAUAUGUUUGCGACGAACUAGUGAUAAAUAAUCGUUAAAAAUGAUAUUGAUAAUUUUGUCCGACAUGAGUUGUUACCUCAAAACACAUUAAUUACAAUUUAUUUAUGUUUUUGAACAGUUUUGUGUUUUAUUUUUUAACAAUUGAUUUUUAAAUAUAUGGACUUACAUUUUUAGUAUCGAAUCUUAUGUUGGUACUAAAAAAUCGUAUUAAAAACGAUUAUUAUGCGAUGAAUGGUGUUAUAUCGAUGUAAGAAUGCUUAAAGAGUUGCUUUUCAGCCAGCAGUUUUUAAUAUAUUUAGGACCGUUUUCUCUGUCUGCCCAUCUGUUUUUUCUUAGCAGUCUUCUAUCAGUUAAAUUCUGGUAAACUUAAUCAAGACUCCUUCCUUCGAUAAAGAACCUUUAUUUUAACCCGAACUUAAUUGACAGAUGACACCUGAUCAGACAUGGAGAAAACAUCGCUUAAUUUUAUUAUCAAAAAUUGCUAGUGGAUCUGAAAAUUUUGUUGUGAAUAUAUGAUAGCAUACUAUUUUAUCAACAAGUUCGUGUAGUUUUUCUCAUAUUCUGCAAAAUGUUUUUCCAAAUUUGAUUAAAUUAUUAAAAAAAAAGUAUGCAAACUAGCACACAAAAUAAUUUUAUUCCGUUUCGUAUAUAAAAUUUCCAUUUCAGAAUUAAACGCAGAAAAUUUGUUUCUCUAAAACAUCACACAAAUUGUUAAAUGUUUAUUAUUUAACGACAACCAUUCGACUAUCUAGCCUUAAAAAGCGAUACAAAUAUUAUUAAUAUAUUAAUAUUUAUAUAAAAAUUGUAUUUAAAUAAUAAAAUUGUAAUUUUCUGAUAGAAUUUGGACUGAAACGGCUGGGCUAGAAACAAAAUUGAGUACAAAAAUUAAACGAAAAAUAUGAUUUUUGUAAAUUGUAUACCAAAAUACACUUACACAACUAUACAUACGCAUUUAAAUGCAAAAAAUUGUAAAAUAUAAUCGAUAUUAUUAAGAAUAUUGAAAUUAUAUUAAAUUUAAAAUAUUGCGCAUCCGUUAUAAUACAGGAAAAAAAGAAUCAUUGUUGAAAUAUUAGUUAAGUUCGAAAGCAAAUUAUUACUGGCAAUAACUGUAAAAAAAUAAAUAAGAAUUGAAAAAAAUUCAAAAACA